AUGGAAAUUGAUUCCGGUGAUAUGGAUAGUAUUUUAGAGGCGGAAUUGAGCGAAGAUGGCUCAAUGCAUGUCAAACCAGCUAUAACUCACGUGAUUAAUGUGCCAUGGUUAUCCCAUAAUUUGGUACCAUUUACUCGUACCACUAAUUUACCGCUAACAGCUAGAAAUGGUUCUGAAUCAUUUCCGGAUCAGGAUAACGAAACGAAAAGUAUGGAAAUUCCGGUAACUUCGGAUAAUUUAGAAAGUAUAACAAGUUCGGAAUCAAAAGCUAAAUUUCAAGCAAUUCAUACAAUAACAAAUAAUUCUGAUGAAUUUCCGGAUAAAAUUGAAGCAACAACAAUCUGUUGUUUUAAUUUUGAUAUUACCGAAAAAAUUGCUAUUCUUCAAUCGAAAUCGAAUCAAGAUGUAGAAGUUGAAACAUUUCAAUCUAUUGCUAUGGCAAAAUCAUCAAAGCCUGAAUUUGAAUCUGAGGCAAAAUCAGUAUCAGGAAAUCUCGGUCAAACGAAUCAUUCGGUAGAAAUAAUAGCAUUGAUUAAAUUAACAAAACAAAAAGAGAGAAAUAAUGAAAAAUCAAAAGCUGCAAAAACAAAUUUAUCAAUUAUUUCCGUUUCAAUUGCUUGCUUAAUCGUUUUUGUCUUUUAUUAA